GCGGAAAGCGGAAGAAGGGAGUAAAACAACACCAGCGGCAGUUAGGAGAUCCUCGUUAGCUUCUCACAAAGUUCCGCUGGGUUGUGUGUGUUCACAGCCCAACAGGCGCAUUUUAAUCUGAAUCACACAAAAUGUCGCUGUUUGGUAAGAUAUUCGGCACCGGAGGAGGGAAGGGAGGAAAAGGACCGACUCCCCAGGAGGCGAUCCAAAAACUCCGGGAAACGGAGGAGAUGUUGGCCAAAAAACAGGAGUUUCUGGAGAAGAAGAUCGACCAGGAGCUGCUGACGGCGAAGAAGAACGGCACGAAAAACAAACGAGCGGCUCUCCAGGCCCUGAAGAGGAAAAAGCGCUAUGAGAAGCAGCUGGCCCAGAUAGAUGGGACGUUGUCCACCAUCGAAUUCCAGCGGGAGGCGCUAGAGAACGCCAACACCAACACGGAGGUGCUGAAGAACAUGGGCUUCGCUGCCAAAGCCAUGAAGGCCGCACAUGAAAACAUGGACAUCGACAAGGUGGAUGACCUGAUGGCAGACAUCACGGAGCAGCAGGAGCUGGCGCAGGAGAUCUCUGACGUCAUCUCCAGACCGGUGGGCUUCGGGGAAGAUUACGACGAGGAUGAGCUGAUGGCGGAGCUGGAGGAGCUGGAGCAGGAAGAGCUGGAUAAAAACCUGCUGGAGAUCGAGGGAACAGAAGACGUGUCUCUGCCCAGCGUCCCGUCCACGUCGCUUCCCUCUCAGCCAGCCAAGAAGAAGGUGGAGGAAGAUGAGGACGACAUGGCUGACCUAGAGGCCUGGGCGGCCAACUGAGCAGGGUUUCCCUUGGAGAGCAGCAGGGGCUGUCGGCUGCUGAUGCUGCUUUGCGUCCCAGCUUCUCUUCCUCCUGAGUGACCUCUGACCUCUGCUCCCUCUGAGUGAAACAAAACAUCCUCCAGGAGCCUGCGGCUAGCCUGUGUUUGUGGAAAUGGUUUUGAUGUGUGUGUGUGUGUGACUGUGUGUGCGCAGCAGCAGGACCAGGCUUGUUUCACAGCAAUGUGAAGCAUCAACGCAUGUACAGAAAGUGGCGCAGCGGCGGCAGCCAUCUUGCUGCUCUCCAUGUUCCCGUCAGUCUGCUGCGCUGCAGAGAUGAUGAACCCGUUUCUGCUGAAUGUCUUGGGAACGUCGGAUCGGUACUGAACCGUGAUCCACACGUUACUGAGGGAGCAUUUGCUCCUGUUGCACAGCUGGAGUUUAAGUUUCCAUGAAACUUUCGCUGCUUCGCUUCAGCCACACCCUCGUCUUAUUUUCCUUAAAGCAAUUUGGAAGAAAGCAUGAAAAAAUUUGCUCCCUUUCAAGAGUUUAAAUAAUCUAAAAUUUCACACACAUCUCUGAAACAGAUAUGUUGCACCAACCAACUGCUUAAAUUUUCUCUGUGCAUUUAGCUGCAGUGAUUUCAUCAACAACCAGGAAGAACACGCAGCGUUCCGCUCUGAGCUGCUGCUCUCCUCGCUGAGGGAACCUCCUCAGAUUGCUGAGGGAACCUCCUCAGAUUGCUGAGGGAACCUCCUCAGAUUGCUGAGGGAACCUCCUCAGAUUGCUGAGGGAACUUCCUCAGAUUGCUGAGGGAACCUCCUCAGAUUGCUGAGGGAACCUCCUCAGAUUGCUGAGGGAACCUCCUCAGAUUGCUGAGGGAACCUCCUCAGAUUGCUGAGGGAACCUCCUCAGAUUGCUGAGGGAACCUCCUCAGAUUGCUGAGGGAACUUCCUCAGAUUGCUGAGGGAACUUCCUCAGAUUGCUGAGGGAACCUCCUCAGAUUGCUGAGGGAACUUCCUCAGAUUGCUGAGGGAACCUCCUCAGAUUGCUGAGGGAACUUCCUCAGAUUGCUGAACGGUUUGGGAUUAAAUGAGAUUGAGGUGAACUCCUGAAGGGAGGUUUUCUGUUUCAGCUGUAAAUUGAUAAGUUGAUAUUUGAUCUGUUUCUGAUUGGCCUGCUGCUCUGCUGAAUGAAACGUGCCUGACACCUCCUGCGCCUUGUGGUUUACGGUUUCCUAAUGACUGGCUUUAUGUGUAACUCUGCUCCAGCACUCAGUGAUGGACCCGAUGGGUUCUGGUUCUGACUCGGUCUUCCUGCUGAAAUCAGCAUGGAAACCAGCUUCUGCUCACUGCCGGGCUGGAGCCGCUCCUCCUGCUCGUCAGAUCUAAACUUUGAUAAAAGCGUUGCAGCUCUCUAAGCCGCUCUUUGUAUUUAUAAUAAGUAAAAAGCUCCAACAUAUGCUGGGAUUACUUUACCUCAGAUGUCGUCAUGUUCUUCCUGACUGCGCUGGUUCUGGACUUCAUGUUUCACUGUUGCUACAGCACAGGUAACCUGAAUAAAGUUUGGAUUCAAUGACUUGUAAGAAUUGCUGAUUCUCCAAAUAAAAGAAUUAGAUUUUUAUGCUUUUUCUCAA